ACGCACUCCAUAACAUGUCCCUGAUGCAUAGAAACCCCGCAACUCACUCGCGUCUCUAUAUGGCUCUCUACAUCCCCACCGGCCAAUCCCUCGCCUACUCCUCCGCCCUCCUCCUCAUCCCCGCCAAAGAUGCCCACUCAUGGCCUAGCCGUCCCUCAAACUCGAAGUCCUCCAACCCCACUGGCAGCGGAUUCUUUAGGAUUAAGACGACACAGGCCUCUGGGCAAGGUCUACCUGCAGGCACCGUCCGAUACAACGUCGAGAAAAAGCUAACAUGGGCAUUCAAGGCCGAAUCUUCGCAGGCGAAGAUAAAAUCGAACUUGGUCGCGCUUGUGUUUCUAGGCGAUAUGUUUGUCCAGGAAGAUGAGGUGAGAAGGACGGUGGAAGAGGUGAAUGUCGGGUUCUCGCGGGCUUAUAAGAGUGGGUUGUAUUGCGACGGAUCAGCAUUUGAUCAAGAAAGGUGUAAUAAGUUCGCUAGUCGAAGCUCCAGAAGACAUCUGGAACAGAGCCGAGCGUAUCGCCCGUAACAACGACGAUCUCGUGCCGAACGAGCUAGUGCCAACCUACAAUGUCUGGGGUGAACGAAUUGCUUCGGUUAUGGAGGAGUAAGUAAACACAUGGUAGUCGCGUGUGCACAGGUGUACCGCAGUCAUAUAUUGUAUCGAUACCACUAUUCCUUUCUUGUCAAUAUCUUUGUCGGGUUCCAGAACUUGGGUCUACACGUGGGCACCGCUUCGGGGAGAUUGGCACAAAGAACUGUCCUAAAAAGGAAAUGUGUAUGAACGGCACGUCUAAUUUGUAAUGCCGUCCAGUCAAAGAUCCUCGAGGGAUAUAAAGCGUCGCCACAAGAAGCAUCCAGCCCAGAAACCGCAUGACCCCCUCCACUCAAUCUGCUUUUCUGCUCCUACCCCCGCUGUUUCUCUUUGCCAAACGUAUCUGCUCAAACAUGUGUACCGUCCUCGGCCUUCCCAAACACAACAAACCCCGGCUCUACAUGGCCCUCUACCACCGCCCCGAUCACGACCUAGAGCCCCCGAACUGGAAACUCACAUUCGACCCCGCGCUCAAGGCGGACCCUGCCCUGCGAUACGAGACCUCUGUCCUACUCCUCCCCAAGACCUUCGAUCCUAGCUCGUCCGAACACGUUGGGAUGAGGUAUUAUAUCGACCAAGAGCUGCCCAUGGACUCAAGCCCAGGAUUGGUGUGGAAAUUCCACGCAAGGACGACGCGUGCGAGACCGAAUAGAUUGUGCGCGCUGAUGUAUUUGGGGAAGGUGGAGGAAGAUGAGGAGAUGUUGAGAGAGGUGGUGGAGAGGGUGGCGCUGCCGUUG